UGUCCAGCAGACGUCCUGCCUGUGAGAAGUAAACCCUCAAGGGCAGAAAGAGAGAGAGAGUGAGAGAGAGAGAAGACGAAAACGGCAACAUGCUACACCACCCAGAAGCUGACUAACAGUUUGGGUCAAGGCACCUCCGGAACGACAACUACAGUGUGAAGAAAAGAGGGACAUCCAUCUGCAAAGACACAGGAGCAGUGUCCUCCCCGGCUGUCUCUAACCAGGAUCUUCAGGUGAUGUGGAUCAGUGAGCUGUGACAUCAUUCAGACUGGCAUUUUAAGUACUGUGGUGGCUCAAUGUUAUCAGAUGGUUUUCAUCCAGGUAAAGGACAUUAAUCCAAAUAUUCAAGCUGGAUUAUCUUCAGUGAAGAUUGAGGACACAUUUAAAACAGCUGCACUCUGAGAAUGUAACGCCUCCACUUCUCCAGCAAGUUUAUUGCACGACCAAGGAGAUCUGAACUUCCAUCGUGUUCCCCGUUCCUCUCCAUAACCGCUGGACUCUAUUGCAGGGAUGCCUGCCAAAACGCCCAUCUACCUGAAAUCCAACUACAGUAAGAAGGGAAAGAAAUGCCGUCUGAGGGACAUUUUAUCCCCGGAUAUGAUCAGCCCGCCUCUUGGGGACUUUCGACACACUAUCCACAUUGGAAAGGGCGGCGAGUGCGAUGCCUUCGGUGACAUGUCGUUCCUGCAAGGAAAUUUUGAACUUCUACCGGGGAAAGGAGGUCAUGUUCGACCUCAAUAUGGCAUUCACGGGGAGUUCACAAGAGCUAAUAGCGCCUCCGAUGCGUCUUGCGUCGAAACUCCAUCGCCGGUCCUGAAGAACGCUAUCUCACUCCCAACCAUCGGGGGCAGCCAAGCACUGACUCUACCUUGGAUUUCCACCACUGUGUUUCCCAUGACGCAGGAUCGCCUGUCUGAGCCAUCUACCCCUCCAGCCGAUUCUGAAGAUCUGGAAAUCCUGCAGAUGGAAACCUUGCUUCAGUCCAUCAGUGCCUUCAGGAGCGACCCCAGCCCCGUCCCAGAAGAGGAUGAACCUUCAGUCGACCGCACUGAGACGCCUGAGAAAUCACUUGCAAAGAACAAGAUACACAGCAGUGAAAAUGAGCUUGAAACAUUUUUGUCUGUCUUUGUUAAUGGGAAUGCGGAUGCCAAUGGGAACUUUAACAAUGGUAACAAUGGCGAUUCAGUCUUUGAGUAUGAACCGGAGAUGUUCAGCAUCAAGGGUGACUGGGCGGACAGAGAUAGCGGUGUUGAAGAGGGUCGUCUAUGCGAUUCGGACUUUGAAAUCUCCAAAAGCAAAAGCCACUCACAGGAGUCGCUCUCUCAAAUCACGGGAUCCCUGUUCUCUCUCGAACUCGACUUGGGCCCAUCCAUUUUGGAUGAUGUACUCAAUAUCAUGAAUAAGUCAGUUUCUUAGGAAGUGAUGUUUAUUGAGAACUAAAGGGAAUCUAUUUGUCAUGAGCCCAUUAACAUGACAUGCCAAUACUGAACUGAUGAGGCUGAAUUUUCUUUCCCAGAGUAAGUUUUUAGCCUUUAGCUUCGGAGUGUCUUGCACACCUUGUUUUGCAAAGUAAUGCGACUGAUACACAGUCGCUGUGCCUUUUAAGUUAAAUUUAAGCAUGCAUAGAUUUUGAUGUUGAACAUGCAGAUCAAAUGAGGCUUUUUCUGUGUACUGUUGCUCAUCUACAACAUCAAACAAAGCCUGUGUGAUAAUGUGUACAUUUCUGCAAACAUAUACGAUGUUCCCAUCACAAUGUCCUUCAUGUACAGAUAUAUUUAUACUGACAGUUUCAUUAACCACACUACCAAAUCUUAAAGGCAUAUACCUACAGCAUAUAUGUUUUUACGUUGUGAAGCUAAAUAUGAAAAAAA